CAAACAACAACGUACGGGACAUCGAUAUGCAGCAUCCCGUAUAAUUGUACCUUACGACUAGAUGGCCGACGUGGUAAAGCUAGACUCGAAGCAAAGAGCUUCUUUCAAACUCUCAGUGAAACAAAAGCUGCAAGAUCUCGGAAAGUAUAUCGAUGAGGAGUUGCCCGAGUAUGUGAUGGUUAUGGUAGGCAACAGCAGAAGUCAUGCACAGAUGGCGUCAGAUCUCAAGGUCUUCUUAGGAAGCAGCACUGUUGUCUUCACUGAUUGGCUUUUUCAGAAGCUCUCUAAACUAUCGAGUGAUGCAACUAAUGAAUCAGACUCAAGAGAAGGAACACCACUACUAGAUGAGAAGCCUGCAGUCAAAUCACCUGCCAAACCACCAGUCAAGCCUAUGCAGCCUGUAGUCAUGGAUGCUCGAGAUGUGAUAAGAAGCAAACAGGAGGAUCGAGACGAUCAUCGAGAUGACCGUAGUUUGCCAAAAACUUCAGUCCUUUCAAGUGUCGUCACAGUACAGCCAAGACCAUCUAUAAAGCCAGCCAAUGUCACAGUUCGCAAUGCUUCCUUGUUGACAAGGGCAAUUGCAGAUGCUACUAAAUCAACACGAGAAGGUAACACAAGGGCUGUUCGAACAUCUGCUCGUUCACCUGAUCUCACAGUUCGAGAGCCAGCUAGAGUCAUAGCUGAUGUCAACAAUGGUGUUGUUGCUCGACGUCCUGUUCAUGAGAGACUAGGGAAUAGAGUGGGCCGAAUAGAGGAACCAUAUGUCGAGGACAUUUCAUCAGAUGAGGAGGACAAGGGACCAUCAGUAAAGAAGUCAAAGCGAAGUGACGAUGAAGAGCAACCCGAUAGCCCAAAGUUUAUUGUCACUCUGGAUGGUGCAAAAGGAAUGUUUGACAAUACUGCUGAGUUAUCAGACUCAGAUGAUGAAAUACAACAGUCAAGACCAGGCAGUGUGUUUAGCAGAAUAGGAACGAUUGCUUCCAAUGUCACGACAAAUAGCAAUCGUUUUCUAUUCAGUAAAGCGACAGCACCACCACGGUUUCCAACUCCACAGACAAGUUCUUACCCUUCAUUUCGGCCUCAGCAACCAAAUGUCUGGCAAACCAUUCCUUUUCGACCUCGACAUCCUGUUUAUCCCCGAACACCAUUCCGAACACCAAACCAAUAUAAACUGGUAAAGAAUCAGUUUCCAUCUCGUGACAAGUUGAAGUGGACUGCGCCGACAUCUAAACCCUCAGUGCCCGUGAAGAAACCUGAACCUGACACAAAAACUGUAGUAGGUGUACCAUUGACAGUCAGUCAGCCUGUGACUACAUUAUGAUUGAUUAUCAUUUGUAACUUCAGCAUGAGCUGAUGAAGACAAACUAGCCUUACGUUGAGACUACUAGCUGCUGCAAAGACACGUUGAUAGAUUAUCUGAUAGCUUUAUUGGCAGACUUGUGUCAUGUACUAUCCAGUUUUGUGUUAUCAUUUUUGUCUUGGGCUGGUCUCUUGAGCCAAACGUUUUGAUUUCUAUCAGUGAAAGGUAGAUAUCAAAAAUAGAGAGAUUUGGUUGCAUUAGACUGA